AACUCAAACUUUUUGCCAGGAUUUCAACAUCCCCGCUGCUGUUUAUCCACCUUGCAUGAGAUUACAGGAUGAGUGCGGGUCGGGUGUCUGAAGGAGCCGGUUGUAUUACCUGGUGGGGCUUCAGUCCAGCCAGAAAUUUGCUCAGUUUUGGUCCAGAGAAGUCUGAAGGAGAAAUAAAUGUACUGUUAGUUGGCAGUGGGGAUCCAAGACAUAUUCUGAAGACUAUUGCAGAUUCUUCAGCAAAACAAAAACUUCAUAUAUGGGUGAUGGAACAAAGCAUGGAAGUCGUGGCUCGGCAGCUGCUGCUUCUCUACAUUACACUUAUACCAAAGGAAACGAUGGGAAUUAACGAGAAGACAGAAGUUUUCUUGGAGCUUUUUGGAAAUGCUGAAAUACGCAGUCAGACUGAAGAGACGCUGCGGCAAGCAGCAUCACAGCUCAUUCUCUCCGUUACUGAAACAGUGGAGGAUGCCAUGCACGCCUGCCUGAACACAACAUUUCUUAAGUUUAAGGAGCGAGAUGAACUGGCCAGGAUAUUCAAGCUGUGGAUCCAGCAAAUUUCAUCCUCAGGUUCUUCUCCUGUCGUCAUGUCCAAAGCCUGGGAUUAUCGUGUCAGGCAGCAUCUCGGUACGCGUUACGACUCCAGGAAGGGAUGUUUUGACUGGGACCUUAAAAUGAAGCUGCAUGAGAAGGGGUGUGGAGUCAUAAGCACCAAGCAGUAUAUGCAGUGGAGAGAAAAGGGAUUGGCAUUUGAAAUGAGGGAAGGCGUCUACCAAAGAACCAAUCCCACUUUAGUCUCCACAAGAGUUUUUAAUCAUCAGAAGGGAGACAAGGUUGGCUUUCAAGGCUAUUGGGGAGACAUUGUUUCCAGCCCUUAUCUCUCAUUUGGUAUUGAAACUGAUGACGAGAGCCUGUUGAGAACACAGAACAGGCAACACGUCAAGACAGCCCAGGAUAUCUCUUGUUCUAACAUGCAGGGAUUGUUCCAGUCUCUGUCCAGCAGAGGGCGCUGCCUCACCACCGCUCAUUCAGACGCAGAGAAGACUCCCAAACUGAAUUUGAUGCAGCUCAGUGGGGUCUCUGUAACAUUUCUGCCAUUGGACUCUCUUCAGAAGCUCCCAUUGAAGCAGAAGUACUGCCAUUACUUCAACACAAUAUAUUUCUCUGCCAACUGCGUGCACCAGUUGGGCCCCAUGAUGAGACAGAUUGCUGCACCAGACGCUGUGCUUGUCGUGGAGCUGGCCAAGUACAUUUUGGAUCUAAACAAAAGACAAGAAGCAGGCUUUGUGGAGAAAGUGGCGAGCUUGGCUCUAGAGGCGGGAUUUGAACCCUGGCGUGAGCACGCCGCCGAUGACGUCUAUGCAGUUUUUGUUCCGCAGAAGAAGUGAAAACGUUUUGCUUCAUGACAGCUCUCACUGGUUCAGCUGUAACCACACAAUUGUAAAGUUGUGACAGAAGCACAACACCUCCAGAGGCAUGUUUCUAGGGUCUUUGAACUAAAAAUUGUAAUUAGAUUGCAUUUAGGUUUGGUAUGUACUCUGAUUUAUAGUGUGAAUAGCUGUAAAGCAUCAACUCUUUAAAAGAA